AUGGAAGGUGAGUCGUCGAGUAUCGCCGACAUGAUUCGCGAUGCCGCGAACGAAGUGUUGCAUUCACGUGUCCCGGAAGGAUUCCAGUGGAUAGAAGCAUAUGGACAGUACUACUCACCCAGUUGUGGAUUCUUCUAUGAUCCGAAUACUGGACUUUUUUACCACAGCGACUCAGAAACCUAUUAUAUAUUCAACGACGAUACCCAGCAAUAUGAAAUAUAUAAAUGCAUGCGAAAAAGUAAGUUCUAA